UAAUCAUUUCCAAAUGUAAACAGUGAUGUUCUAAAUUAUGUAGUAAAUUUUCACUCUAGCGUAGCCACAUAUUUUAAGUGGAGCGCGCGAGAGAGCACAUCGCAUAAAUAAAAGCAUCUCCUCCACAUUUCAUCUUCAAUCUCGUCUUGACAUACCAUGGGUUUGUUAUCGGAAGGGUCGCCUCUUUCUUGGGAGGCUACAAAAACUAACGCCGACCACGUUAGAGCACAUGGAAUUAUACAAUUUCUCAACCAGUAUAAGAAAUUACGUGACAGGACCAAGGAUGUACUUUACUGGGGAGAUGAGGUAGAGUACAUGCUUGUUAAAUUUGACCACAAGAACCGGACAGCCCGACUCUCAUUGAAGGCUCUACCUGUGCUAGAUGAGCUGCAGAAAACUGAGAAGGAACACCCAGAUAAUCAUCCGACAACAUGGCGACCAGAGUAUGCAGCAUAUAUGGUCGAGGGAACACCAGGAAAGCCGUAUGGGGGAAUGAUGGCUCAUUUUAACCUCGUAGAAUCCAAUAUGAGGCUGAGGAGGAAAGAAAUAAGAAAGUUGUUGGCAGAAGACGAGUAUCCAAUGUCUUUGACGGCAUUCCCAAGGCUUGGUUGUGGAUUGUUCACAGAUCCCGUUACGACUCCAACCCCGACAGAAGGUGCAUCACACUCACUGUUUUAUGCUGACCAGGUUAUCUUUCAGGGACAUCCAAGGUUCAGAACAUUAACUAGGAACAUUCGACAAAGAAGAGGACAGAAGGUUGCAAUAAAUGUACCAAUUUUCAAGGAUAAGAAGACACCUUCACCAUUUAUAGAAGAUUUAAGUCAGUACGGUGAUGAUGGAGAGAGUGCGAAAGCAGCCAAACCAGAUCAUAUAUACAUGGAUUGUAUGGGAUUUGGCAUGGGUUGCAGUUGUUUACAAGUGACAUUUCAAGCGUGCAAUAUUACGGAAGCAAGGAAACUCUAUGACCAGCUGACACCACUGUGUCCUAUAAUGUUAGCUCUCAGUGCAGCAUCACCAAUAUACAGAGGGUAUCUUUCUGACCUUGACACCAGAUGGACGGUUAUUUCCCAGUCGGUAGAUGACCGUACAGAGGAAGAAAGGGGACUGAAGCCCCUGAAAGAAAACAAGUUUGUGAUCAACAAGUCGCGUUAUGAUUCCAUUGACAGUUACCUCUCUUGUUCUGCAUACAGUGAUAUAAAUCUUGUGUAUGAUAAAGAUAUCUUUGAAAAACUGAAAUCUGAAGGUAUAGAUGAUUUGUUAGCAAGACAUAUUGCACAUUUAUUUAUAAGGGACCCAAUUUCGUUGUUCAGUGAGAAAAUUGACCAAAAUGAUGAGGAAGAUACCGACCACUUUGAGAAUAUUCAGUCAACAAACUGGCAGACAAUGCGAUUCAAGCCUCCUCCUCCUCACAGCAACAUCGGUUGGCGUGUUGAAUUUCGACCAAUGGAAGUCCAGCUUACAGAUUUUGAAAAUGCCGCCUACACUGUGUUUCUAGUCUUGAUGACACGUGUUAUAUUGACAUUUGAACUGAACUUUAUUAUGCCACUGUCUAAAGUGGACGAUAAUCUGAAGAAGGCUUUCAAACGAGAUGCAGUAAGGGAAGAAAUGUUCUGCUUCAGGAAAGACCUUCUAACAGAUGACUCUCCCCCUAUAGCAGAACAGUGUGUGAUACAGUGUUGUGAAGGAAAAACAUGUACACAACAAGACCAUUUUACAGCAAUGUCUAUUAACGAAAUAGUACAUGGAAAGGAUGACUACCCAGGUUUGAUACCUCUUAUCAACAAGUACAUGGACAUGGUAGAAAUAGAUGUGGAUACUAGGUGUACAAUACAGCAAUAUUUAAACCUUAUAUCAGAUCGUGCCUCAGGGAAGUUGAAGACAACUGCUCGCUGGACAAGGGACAUUGUGACGUCACAUGCUGAUUACAAGCAGGAUUCUGUUGUCCCUGAAUCAGUGAACUAUGACCUUCUAAUGAAAUGUGCUCAAAUAACAGAAGGAAACUUUGACCCAGAACUUCUGCCAUUGUCAGCAAAGUCAAAAACAACAGAUAAUAUUCCGCCAGCUGUGCGGAAAGUAGAUGCCUACUUAAACAAGAGAAACCCACGGAAUGGAGAAAUCACUUUGUUAAGCAACGGCACAACUGAGCCAAACUAAAACAGAAAUUUAAGGGGAAAAGAUGCCUUAUAAACAGAUUAGCUGUUCAGCAAGAUUGUCUCUUAGGUCAAUAUGUAUGCUGGGUUGUAAUAAGUGCUGUUAAUGGACUGUAUGUAUUGCUUGAAAAAAUGGAACAUUUUUUUUUAGAACCUUUAGGAGUCCCGGUGGAUAACUUUUUUUUGAAUAUUUGAUACAAGAAAAGAGUUAAAACUAUUUCAUAUGUCUGGAAAGCUCUUUAAGUAUUUUAAGUUCGUACAGAGGUCUCUAUUGUCAAGUGCUUAUUGUUGCUCAGUUUGAUUCACUAGUCUGUUGCCACUGUGAGUUCUGAUUUCACUCAACAUGUAGAAUUUUUCCAUGUUGGAAAGCCAUCCAGCCAGAUUUUGCAGGGUCAAUGUUCAUUCCAGGAAACCUGUAUGUUCUUGAAAUAAACUAGAUUUCCCUGCACAAUUUAAAGAUGUAAUGUGGCCGUUAGUUUUGCUUAAAACCAAAUUAAAUGGACAAAAAAAAUUGAAUCCCUCCCUCCCUCCUGUAAUAAUCAAGAUAUUAGUUAAAAUAAAUCUAAAAUUGUUGCUGUAAAUAUUCCUAAACAUGUAUGGACCCCUCCCCCACUCCAACACACACACACCUACCCACAAGAAAUGUGUUUAAAUAAGAUUUUUAACAGCUGGUACCAUAUGUUUUUAUUAAUUUUAGAUUUAUAUAGUUUCUGCAUAUUUGAAUGACAAAAUUUUUACUCUUGAACAAGAGUCACCGGUCAUUGUGAUUAUUCUGUUGCUGCAGCUAUGACCUCAGUUUAACCUUUACCUUGCUAAAUUUCUAAAAUUCAAUUUGGGCAGUACCACUUAUUAUUCAAAGGGGUGUUAACUGAAAAUUUACUGAUUGAAUAGUGAACAGUGCAGACCAUGAUCAACCUGGUCUUGGUGCAAAGGCAAAAUCGCUUGCCACCAGCAGGCUAAAGGUCAUUAUAAGAGAUAACAUCUUUUAGUGAACAAUAGCUUUGUGCUAGCUUAACUCUUGUAGACAGGUCUUAGAUUGGCUAAUCCAGCCUCAAUUGACCUUACAAAGUCAGGGGCUUAAACACCAUUUAUACUGAACAGCCUUUUCUUUGGUACUGGGAUACUCUGAUGUAAUAACUUUCAGCUGUUAUAGGCUGGUAGAUUCAGGUUUUCCAGUUUUUAGUUUGAUUAUUCGAAGAAAAGGUAGAGCCAUUGCACUAGCCAAUUCAUCGCUGUCGGUGUCCCAAUUUGGUUAAGUUCUUGUAUAUAAGCUGGUAUCGCAGUAACCAGUUGUAUAAAUGAAUUGAAACUUCAUACACUUACUUACUGUGAUGAACUGACUUGCAUCAAACUGGUUCUAUAACUCUGUUUUGCAUUUUUUCAAAAAUUAUGUCCCUUUUUUUCGACUUUGAUAUUCGUUCAAUGGACAAGGCUGUUGAAUUGUCGAGCAUUGCUGUCCUCCGACAACUGUUGUUUUUACAAGCAACUGUAAAAAUCAAAUGUCUAAAGUUGUACUUUAUUGCUUCUAUUGCAGUUUGGGAUUAAAAAUAAAUUAUUUUAUGAAAGAUAUAUGAUGUUACUCUUUAGAUAAUAAAAUUAAAUAAUAAAAUGAGAUAAUAAAUCUCUGAACUAUUUGCUGUUUUGCCUCUAUGAAAGGUCAUGACCUCAUUUCUAUUUCCGGAUGUAAAUUUUCAGGACUAAAUUCAGGGCUGUUAUCAAUAAUGGUCUUGGGGCCAAUUGUGGUUAUGUGAUGUUUGGUAAUGGUAAUGUAUCAGGCAGUACUAGAACUGGACAAUUUUUGUCAUAAUUUUUUACUAUUUGUAGGUACAUUUGUAAUAAUUAUAUGUAUAUAUUCAACACCCACCGCCCCAUGUGGUUCUGGGACGAUCUGUGUAUGAAAAAAUUGGAACCACUGCCUUACCCUUGCAUGAUCAUAAAAGGUGACUAAUAGGGUCUUAACAUUUGGUUUUGCUGUAACUCUGUGAUUCCAGCAGGUAUGCAGAUUUUGAUUCCAUACCUUAUGUUUUUAUUUCGAUGUAAAUGAGAUUUUAAACCAAAAUUUGUAGUCCUGUUUGGCGCCACAUAACCUAUACUGUGUUGGUGCGCCGUAAAACCCAAAUAAAUAAAUAAAUAAAUCAACACCCACCAUUUCACAUAGGGGAAAAUGUGUUCAAGGGACAUUAAUUAAUUUCAGAUUGAAAAGAAAAAGAUACUGUAUAUUAUGUUUGCUCAUUGAUAAAAGUCUUCCAUUAAUAGUCGAUAUACCUCUAAAGGGACAGCAUCAAACUUUCAGAAUUUGUAAAACAUAAGGGAACAAAAAUGAUGAAUUAAAACCAGUAAGGAAAGGUUAGGAAUACAGAGUUUACAGAGCUGAGAAUGGAAAAAUUGGGAACCAUUCAGUUUGGAGUUGUUUUGUGUUUUCAGUGUCAAGUUUUCAGGGAUUUUAAGGAUCAUUAUAACAAAUGUCCAUUUUAGAAGUGUUGUUACACUUUAGUGUAAUUGUAUUUACAUACAGUUAUUUUUGUGCCCCCCCCCCCCCGCAGUUGCCCUUGUCCAUCCGUCUGUCCAAAUUUGUAUCAUUCAUAUCUCAAAAAGUAUUUGACCCAGAGUCAUCAAACCUCACAGGAUUGUUAUUCAGCAUGGGAAGCAGUGCACCAGAGAUUUUAAUUUGGAUUUCACACAGACAGACCGGAGUUAUGGCCCUUGACUUAGUCUAAAAUAGGCAUAAAAAGGGCCUAAGUUUGUGUCGAAUGUAUCUCAAAAAGUAUUUGACCCAGUAUUAUGAGACAUUACACAAAUAUUAUUUAGCAUGUGAAGUUGUGCAUCUAGGGUUUUGAUAGAGAUAUCAUUCAGUCAGACCAGAGUUAUGGCCCUAGACUUAGUAAAAAAAUAUGCAUAAAAAGGCAUAAAAGUUGUGUCACACUUAUCUAAAAAAGUAUAUUACAUAGGGUCAUGAAACAUCAUAGGAAUAUUAUUCAGCAUGUGAAGUUGUGCACAUGGGAUUUUGUUCUGGAUUUUUGUCAGUCAGACCAUUGUUACGGCCCUUGAUUGGCAAAAAUAUGCAUAAAUGGGAUACAAGAUUGUGUCACUUGUACUGUGAAAUCAUUUAAUUUAGUGGGCAUGAAAUUUCUUGGUUUGGGUCAAAACGGCAAUUUCGUGGGGAUAUGAAUUCGUGGAUUACAACUUUUGAACAUAAAGUGAAUGGGGAUUUUACUUGUUCGUUGGGAAUAAAUUUCGUGGAUUGACUCAACCACGAAAUCCACAAAAAUUAGUCUCCCAUGAAUAUUAAUGAUUUCACAGUAUCUCGAAAUGUAUUUCACUUUGAGUCAUGAAACAUUUGGGGAUUGUUAUAUAGUUUGUGAAGUUGCGCACCUGGUGUUCUUUUUGGGAUUUCACUCAGCCAGAUUGGAGGGAUGGUCCUUGACUUGGUGAAAAAUACACAUAAAGUGCUUGUGUUGCAUAUAAAAUUCUCCUCGAGUCAUGAAAUCAUGUAGGAAUAUUAUCCAGCAAGUGAAUUUGUGAGUUUUUUUUUUGUUUUUUUUUCACUGCUUGACCAGAGUUAUGGCCCUUGACUAAGUCAAAAAAUAGAAGUUUGUGCUGCAUGUAUGUCAAAAUGUUCUUUACCUAGAGUCAUAAAAUAUUAGAGGAUUGUUUUAUAGCCCAUGAAGUUUUGCAUCAGGUGUUCUUUUUGGGAUUUUAUUCGGCUGGGCCAGAGUUUUGGCCUUUCACUAAGUGAAAAAUACACAAAAGUUCUUAAGUUUAUGUUGCAAACAUCUUUAAAAAAUUAAACCUUGAGUCAUAAAGCCAUGUACAGUGACAGGAUUGGGGGUAACCUGUGGAUUGGGGGGAACCUGUGUCCUAUGGACACAUCUAGUUUAGUUUUGUGUCAUCCAGUAAUAUUUGCAUAUUUAGGCAAAUUUCAACCCAAGAAAACCUCUGCCAUGUAUUUAGAAUAGAAAUUUAGGUGACAUUAGUAUGCUUCAUUUGAAAAAAAAUGUAUACAAAAUGUAUAUAUUCAGAAAAAUUCUAUGAUUGACACGUAAAUGGAGUUUAGAAUAGGACUUUCACAGUCAAUCCUUUUCAUUUUAUGAUUAAUAUUGUAAUUUUAUUGUAACAGUUAUAGUUUUAAAAGUAAGUGAAGAAUACCGUAUUUGCCCUCUCUAGGCCCUAGUUUAUAAAAUUUAAUUUGUAAAUCAGUCUAAAUCCUCACAUAUUCAGUUAUAACAUGUUCCUAUAUAGGUUAUGUAAAAUGGAUUGCUUCUCAUUAACUUUUAAUUCAUAGUAUACUGUAAAAUAGUUUAAUUUUGUGGGCAUGAAAUUUCCUGGUUUUGGUCAAAAUGGCAAUUUCAUGGGGGUAUAAAUUUGUGGAUUUCACAUUUUGAACAUAAAAUGAAUGGGAAUUUUACUUGUUGGUUGGGAUUAAAUUUCAUGGAUUGACUCAACCACGAAAAUUAGUCCCCCACGAAUAUUAUUGAUUUCACAGUAGUUACCCGUUUUAUUAUCUCAGCUUCCAUUUUGUGGGUAUCUCGUCAAGAGCAUAGUGGGGUAUUUAUCUUGUGUAUGGCUGGAAAGUUCUUUGCUGGGCACCGUAUAUUGGAUAAUACUAUAUACUUAUGAAUUUUCUGUCUCAAAUUUGGCUUGUAUUCUACAAACAAAUACAAAAGUCUGUAUUCAACUAUUGUCGGAUAUAGGAAAAUUCUCAAUGAUGGGACUACUUGCUUUAGUCAUUAUGUCAAAUAUGACAUUAGAAAUGGUGUAAUGUUUUCUUCUUGCAUGAAGCAAGAGGCUCACUCUUAUUUUUGGCUUAAAGGUCCAAUACUAAGGAAAGUGAACAUUUUAAUUUCUUUUAAAAAGCACAGAAACUAUUUCAUUUUAUUGGAAAAUGAAAGUUGGUAUGUAGAAAUUCGAAAUAAAUCGCAGCACAUGAACAAUUAUUUUUCUAUGAAGUAUGAAGAAAGUUAAAAAGACCUGGGGGGUCAUUCUGUCGAUUCAUUGAAAUUUCAACAUAAUACACAUACAUUUCUUUGAGUUCCAUAGACCUUCUGUAAAUUUUGACCUGCCAAUCUUCAUUAUUUAGUGUCUUGCAGAAGUCUAUGCACUGGCUAUGAAAAAAAUUGCCAACUCACUUUCCCUUAGUAAUGGAUCUUUAAAUUAUCACCAAUUUUGGCUUAGAUAACUGUUGAACCAAUUAUGUGAUAAAAGAUCAUUAAAGAUAUAACCUUGAUCUGCAAAAAUGCUUCUGUAUUUAUGCGGAUUUUGCCAAAUCAGAUCACAUUUGGUGCAAGCACCUUGUGGAAUCCAGGCCUGGCUAAAUCCACUUGAACCAAUUACAUCUUAACAGUUUAAGUUACUGUUAUAAUAACCCUGAUGGAUUCUUCUGUAGUGACAGUCAUAAAUAUCAACCUGCAUUAUCUUUCAAAAUAUAACUAGCAAAUAUGGUUGUUGACUGUUCGACUAUGCAAUGCAAAAAUACCAAAACAGCAUGGAAGGGGUGCUAGUAAAGUGCUGCACUGUAUUUAUUGUUUACAGACAGCAUAAUACACAAUCAAACCUGUAAUGAAAAACACAUAACAAAGACCACAAUUAUGUAAAGUAAUAAUUUUCUUUUUUACCUGUAAGCCAUACAGUUUCAGCAAUAUUGAAUGACCACCUAUUUACAAAUACUAUGUUUUACUACAUUCCUAAGGUUUGUCUGAGUGGUAUAUAAACAGGUUUGACAGUAUACAUGUUUCAGGAAGUUAAAAAAAAAUGUCAGAUUCUUUUCUGUGUUCUUUUGUCAUUCCAGUAGUGAAGCAAGGGUAAGCAGGUUGGUGCCUUACAGAGCUUUUGUUUGAUCAUAUGAGGGGUAGUUAAAAUGUCUUAAGGAUGAGUCUUCUGGAGUCUUUAUUUGAAUAUCUAGGAAGGAUAAAAUGUUGGGUAUGCUUAGAACAGAACUAGAUAAGUAAAUACAUAGAACCUUUUAAUGAUUAAAAAUGAAAUCUAAUUUUUGUAAUAUUUGAAAAGGGUAAAUAUUGCUUUAUUUGAAAGUUGUUACAUUUGUUUCCAAUUAUAGCUGACAGAAAUUUAUUCUUUGAACUUUAUGAUCACCCCUCACAUACAGGGUUUGGUUUAUUUAAAAGUUCUAUGAUGUACAUUUUAUUUUGAUGACCAAACAGUUGUUGUUGUUGUUAUUGAUAGUGGAAAUUGUAAUUAGUUGUUUUAAUUUUAUAUAUUUUAUGUUAUGUAUAUUUUUAAUGAUUUAGUUCUAGCAAUAAAAUAUAUUAAUUAGA